AUGUUGCUUGGACGAUUUCUUGGACGCGCUGACACGGCCCUUGUUGAGGUACGCGUUGUAAAAGAACCGGGCGAACAGCAGCAAGUAACUGAAGUACAUGGCCGACGACAGGGUGAUGUUGAGCUUGGACACACGGCACGAGUGCGGGCCGCCGGACUUCAGGUAACCGUAAGUGGUGUAGUUGAUGAAGCAGCCGACCAGCAUCUGCGUCAGCUGACUGGCAGUGAUGAACAUGGACACUUGCUUGGGAGGUCGGUAGCCCAUGGCCCGCGAAGCGUAAUACGUGUACAUCAUCGAGUGUACCGAGUAGUUCAUGACGAUGAACCACCGGGCGGACGACGUGAACUCCAUGUACGAGAACCACGUGUACAGCAGCACGGUGAUGUGAUGAUACCAGUGCAGGAAGAUGAGCGGCUGCUUGCGGAGCACGAUGAAUAUCGUGUCACCGAGUUCGGGCAGCUUGGACAGCACGAACAGCCACGACCAGAACCCAGACACAGGGUCAUCCUCAACGUAGCUGCGAGUGGAAAAACCAAAUGA